AUGGGCAAACUCGAUGGAAAAAUUGCUUUGGUUACUGGUGGAUCAGAUGGUAUUGGUUUUGCCACUGCACAAGAAUUUCUUAAUGAAGGUGCAGCUCAUGUUUUUAUUACUGGUCGACGUCAAGAUGCUCUCAACGAGGCAGUAAAAAAAUUGGAUAGUAAGAAAAUAACCGGAGUACAAGGAGAUGCAUCGAAUAUGAACGAUCUUGAUAAUUUGUACAAUUUAAUCAAAAAAGAACAAGGUCAUUUAGAUAUUCUUUUCGCCAAUGCUGGAGUAUUUGAACUAGGACCAUUGGAAUCUUUGACUGAAGAGCAUUUCGAUCGAUUAUUUGAUGUUAAUGUGAAAGGAGUAUUAUUUACUGUUCAAAAAGCAUUACCAAUAUUCUCUGAUGGUGGAUCAAUCAUAUUGAAUGCAUCUGUUGGAUCAGUUAAAGCAUUCAAUAAUAAUAGUGUUUACUGUGCUACAAAAGCAGCAGUUCGCUCGUUUGCUCGUUGCUGGACAGUUGACUUAAAAGAACGCAAAAUUCGAGUAAAUGCUUUAAGUCCUGGACCGAUAACGACUUCUGUAUUCAAUAGCACUGCUGAGACUGAAGAAAAAAAGAAAGAAAUCUAUGAUAUGUUAGCUUCUAAAACAGCGAUGGGUCGUGUUGGUACAGCUAAUGAAGUUGCCAAAGCUGCUGUAUUUCUCGCUUCAGAUGAUAGCAGUUAUGUCACUGGUAUCGAACUUUUUGUUGAUGGUGGUGUGGCACAAAUCUGA